AUGAAGAAGCCUUCAGCGGCUUCAAAUAAUAGAGAGAGAGUUUUCCAUGAACACUCAGAUGAAAAUUUUCGAAAGGGGGAGGAAUUUUCUUUUGUUGGAUUUUCCUCUGUUUCAAAAACGCUCCAGAACAUAUUUCCAGAAGAACAAACAGUUCCUACCUCUUCAUCUCAGAGGAUUUCUCAAGUUUUGCUUUUGGAUACACACUGUGCUCCAGCAGCUGUCAAGGAUGAACAAUGUUCUGAUAAGCAAAGAAACCUCUCAUGUGGAUCUUCUGACUCCCAAUCUUCUUCAUGCGAGAAAAGUGAUCUUUUAAACAUUGGUGCCUCAAAACUGGGAAAAGGAUCCGUAAUCUGCUUGAACAAAUGUCUGAUCUCAGGUGCUGAACACGAAGAGCAAAUUUCUGAAGCAUUCUACAGGAACAGUGUGCACCUUGACCAGGAGAAUGCUCACUUUGUAGUGGUGGAUAUGGUGCUGGAGGUUCUCGAGGCAGCAAAGUGGGCUGUGUCACAAAAACACUCAGACUCCUUUUCCUCAACUGACAGUGGCUAUGAAGUGGACCGGUCUGCAGAGUGGGAGCAGAUCUACAAGCUGUAUAGAUUUGAAUGUCAUCAGCAUAAGAAUGAACUCUAUGACCAUAGACUCUCAAACAGAAGUUCCCAGAGUUUAGUCCACAGAUGUUCAGCAGAAAUUCUCGCUCAGAACCUGCUCACAGAACUCGAGAGGUGGUGCAUUUCCUCAGAAGAGCUGCUAGGGGAAUUUCCCUUGGUUACUGUCUCCCUGGCGUCAGGAGGCGAAGCCAGCUUGAGUGAUGAGAUCCGUCAGAAAAGCCGAAUGAGGGGGCCGCUGAUGUGGACUCCACCCCAAUUUCAGAUAAUAUCCAGUGUGAAACCGUCACAGAGGCGCAGUGAUGUCAUUGCCUCUCAGCAAUUCCUUUGUGCUGGCUGUGGGACAGAAAUCGAGCCACGUUACAUGAAGAGGUUGCGAUACUGUGACUACCUGGGCAAAUAUUUUUGUGAUGGCUGCCAUGGUGGAGGUGAAGCCAUAAUCCCAGCACGUGUUUUGAGCCACUGGGAUUUUGGACGAUACACAGUGUGCCAGUUUUCCAAGCAGCUAUUGGAGUCCAUUUGGGAAAAGCCACUAUUUAAGAUCACCAAUGUAGCCAAGAACCUGUACUCCCAGGCCAAGGAGGUGCAGAAAUUCAGGGAGAUCCAGGAGCAGCUGAUCUCCAUUAAGAAGCUGCUAAGAGCAUGCAGACUAUCUGAAGGGGUCCUGGCCGAGUUCCAGCAGAUUCCAUCGCACCUGAGCGAGGAACUCCACCUUUUCGCCAUGGAUGACCUCGUCAAGAUCAAAAGGGGUCAACUUCUUACCACAGCAAAGGCUGUGAUGCAAUCUGCAACAAACCAUGUGGAGGCUUGUGAGCUGUGCCAGGCCAAAGGCUUUAUCUGUGAGUUCUGCCGUGGAAAAGAUGUGCUCUUCCCCUUCCAAACAGACAUCUGCACACGCUGCCAAGCAUGUAGAGCUUGUUUCCACACUUCGUGUUUCCGAGAUGGAGCCUGUCCUAAGUGCACCCGAAUCCAAAUGAGAAGAGCUGCCAGGAGAUGAAAUUAGGAAAUAAUAAUAAAAAUAAAAAGUCAUGAAAUGCUACUCAUUUACUUCCAAAUGUAUAGCUUUUGGAAGUAUAUAGCAUUAUUAAGUAUAGCAUUCUUGAAAUUUAUACUUUUGACCAGUAUUAGAUGCUAUUGUUUUCUUGUAAUACCAUGGGGAAGCCUUGAAAUUUCAUGAAACUAUUUUAUAGUCUUUUCUAUCUGCACAUGACUGAAUACUGUGUAUUCAUAGAAAAAAUGCCAUGCAUUAAAAAAACAGAUUUUUUUUUUUAAAAAAAAGGUUGCAUUUAAAAGCUGUUCUGUUAACUCAUGGUGGCCUAAAACACUUCAUGUUGGUUUUAGUUGGUCACUCUUCUUUAUGUCUGUAAUGUAUAUAUGUGUAUGUCCGUAAUGGUUAUGUCUAUGUGUGAUGUAUGUGUAGAUGAAUACAGGUCAGGAAGGCUCUAUAUUGAUGAUAUACAAUAUACUGUAUAUAACAACACCUUAAGCUCUUUACAUCUUCUCCAGACAGUGUUAGUUAAUAUUGAAAUGUUCAAAACCCCAGUGCAAUUGUCAACUGGCUCAUCUGUUUCUUUUUAUUAGGUAAAUGAAAAAGUCAGCUCUUUUGGCAUAUUUUGCAGAUAUCUUAUGGAAAAUUAGUACAGAAAUGCAGUAACACAAUGAUAUCCUAUUGGGACUUUAAAUCUGUUAAUGACACUUUACUCUCUGCUUCUAUUGCUUCCUCUACAAUUUCUGAGGUUUUUGAUAUCUCCUGUCCUGCAAUGAUACUCUAAAAAUACUACUCUGUUAUUUCUGAUAUUUUGCAUAAGCACGCUCCUAUUAAGACUAGGCCUGUCCCCUCCUCCCACACUUCCCCCUGGUAUACACCUUAAAAGUCAUUGGUAGAUGGCUCGAGCAGCUUUAUAGGAAAACUGGCCUUACUGUUUACCAUCUAGCUCUCAUUGAUCACCUCAGCACAUACAAAACUGCUCUGAACUGUGCGCGGUUAUCUACAAUAAUCAAUAAAGCAAGCAA